AGCAGGUUCUUCAAUUUUGUUUUGGGCCUCAGCUUUCUUGGCUCACUGUUUCCCAAUCUGCAUAAUUACAUCAUUAACACACCACACCAAACACUUUCUAUAAUUUGGGCCUUAUUCUUAUGAACUUAACCAUAUUUUUCAUCACAUAUUAUCAACUUUUUACCUCCAAGACCAAAAGAAAAAAUGUAGUUAUAGUCGAAGUUAGGUACACAGAAAACGCCAAGAUAUUAAAGACAAUACCGACCAUGAUAAAUUUACAACGGAAUUAAGCUUGUAAGGGACCUUGGAUGAGCCACUGCAUUCUUGGACUGCAGCAUCAAGCUAGGAUCUACAUGAAGCUUUGUCUCUGCAAUAAUCUUCUGAGAAAGAUUUCACCUGCACAUCUACCAGAUUUGCUAGAGCAUGCAAGUCCAUCUAAGAAGCCGUAUCCAUCAAUAAUUGAAGAGCUAUGUCCUCAGUUUUCUCUUGAAGAUCUUAGGAAAUCAACCAACAACUUUGAUGCAAACCAUUUAACUGAAAUAUCAGCAUAUAAUAGAGUAUACAAAUGUUGUAUCAAACAUAAUGGUGCAAGUGAUUUCACAGUGGCAUUGAAGAGGUUGAAUCGCGAAACCGACCUAUGGAAGUUCAAGAAGGAAAUCGAGUUCCACUUCCAACUUCACCAUCCAAAUUUAGUCUCCCUUAUAGGAUUCUGCAACCACAAAGAUGAGAAGAUUCUUGUGUACGAACACAUGUCCAAUGGCUCUCUCUAUGAUUACCUAUAUUCCAAGAAUAUAGAAGAUUUGUCAUGGAAGAAAUUGUUAGAAAUAUGCAUUGGAGCAGCAAAAGGACUACACUAUCUUCACACAGGAACCAAGUGCCCCAUCUUUCACUGUGACAUGAAGCCUCAUAACAUUCUUUUGGACAAGAACAUGGUACCUAAAAUCUCACAUCUUGGAUUUUCCUUGCAGGGGCCACCUUUGAAUUCAAAACCAAAACCAGUAAAAGUUGACAAGGUUAUGGGUUCAGCUGGUUACAUAGCACCUGAGCAUGUCCUAACCAGAAUCUUCACAGAUAAAUGUGAUGUUUAUUCAUUUGGUAUGGUCCUAAUAGAAGUUGUAUCCACUACUUACAAGCACACCAUCUUUGACAAAAUCAUCAUGUUGGAGAGCUCAUCAGAUUUCUCCUUCGAUCCAUUUGAUUUAAUGAAUCCAUUUGUGGAUAUAUCUGAAAUGUUGGAGAGAUUCUCAGUUGAUGAGAUUAUUGAUCCAAUUCUGAUGAGAAAGAUAGCACCAGAAUGUUUGGCAGUAUUCAUAGAUGUUACAAAAAGAUGCUUGAGCAGAGAAGCAAAUGAAAGACCAAAUAUAGGUGAAGUAGAGGUUGAACUGGAGCUAGCACUAGCACUGCAAGCGGAGGCCGAUGACCGGAAUCAUGAUGGUGGCUGGUGAAUAUAAUUUUCUGUCCACUUUUCUGCAGAAAACCUUUGUAAGCAGUACUGCCAAACACACCUUGUCCAAUUAUCAAAGACUCAUUGAAGUUGCAUGUUGCUGAUUGUUUCUCAGCAAAUGAAAAUUGGUGACAAAGUUCUUGUAUGGUGGUUGAAGGCUGUUUUGUUCCCUUUGGCCUUGGAUUACACCACAGGGAAAACAAACCCAUUAUUUGUGCAGUGUUUUUCCAAAAGCUUAAGCUGAUAGAAGGAGAUACGUAUGUUUAUAUUUCUAACACAUAAAACUACCUUUAGGUAUUCCAGUUAAGGUGUGCAAUGCAAGCUUCAAAAUUGAGUGUAGGAAACUUUUUAGUCCUGUUCUUUCCCUGUGGAGACUCAAGAGUCAAGACUGACUAUAGCCUACUUUUUAAACCAUACAUUGAUAAGAGUCAAGGAAACCGUUUUCAGAUAUUUAUGUAUUAUUUAACCAUGAAGAUGAACCGUGAGAUUUUGUGAUUUGUCA